GGAGAAGCAAUAUCCUGUUGUCUUAAGGAAGGUAGCGGAGAAAUACCUGUUGAUGACAGACAUCCAGCAUGCAUGCCGAUUGAGAUUCCAAAGGAGGAUCCAUUCUAUUGGUACUUUGAACAACGUUGCAUGAAUUUCGUUAGGUCUGUUAUAGCGCCAAGACAUGACUGUACACUUGGAUAUGCGGAACAGAUGAAUAAAGUUACACAUUACUUAGACGGUUCAGUCAUUUACGGGUCAAAUCCUGCAGAAACCAAUAAGCUAAGAAGUCAUCAUGGAGGUAAACUGAAAAUUUUCGACGAUUUCGGAAGGGAUUUACUACCAACCGAUGCAGAGAGUGAUGCAUGCGUGGGGUCUGACGAUGGCUCAGCAUGUUUCUUUGCAG